CUUUCUCUUGUCAUUUCAUAGACAGGACUACAAGUUAGUGGGUUGGGCCUCACUUUAAGUCCAGCAACUUUUUUUAAAUAGUUUUUUUUUUUCAAAGAAUCUGUCACAUUGAACCGGGUUGAAACCAUCCAUCCAAAUGUAACCCGAAGUUACAUUUCCUCCAUGAUUGUGAAAUGGCUUCCAAGAGCUUGAAGCUAUCGAAUUAUCUACGGUUCUUCUGCAAUUUCAAUUUCAAUCCUUUAAAUACUCAUAGCUUUUCACGCCUAAAGCAGUAUCCCCCAGAGCUCGUUAGAAGCUUCUCGGCUGCACAUUUUAAUCAUGGCUACUCCGCUCAAAGGAAAGGCCAUGGGCAUCCUCACUAUCUUGAUGAGUCUCAGGUUGAGAGAGUAAGGGGAAUCAUGGUUAAAGCAAAGUCAACAAGAAUGUUCUAUAAGCGUAGCAUAAAUGGUGAUGAUUGUAGUGUUGGAAAGGAGUCACAUACAUUUUCACAAAAUCCUAUUGGCAGUCCUGAGUCAUGUUCACAGCUCAAAGUUGAUGUUGACACACUCACCAGAAUCAUCAACGACCACCCUUUCCCAUUGCAACCCCUUCACCCUACACUCCUCCACCUCCUCCCUCCGUCCUCUUUCUCUAGUUCCCUUGUGGAAAACGUCCUCGGCCGGCUGUUUGCUGCACAUUCCAAUGGUCUCAAGGCCUUGGAAUUCUUCAACUACUGCCUCAUCCAUUCCCAUUUACCCAUAAGUCCUGAUUCACUCAACAUGACCCUCCACAUCCUUGCACGGAUGCGUUAUUUUGACAAAACUUGGGUCCUGUUGAGGGACAUUGCAAGAAGCCACCCUUCUUUGCUCACCCUUAAGUCAAUGAGCAUUGUGCUCUCCAAAAUCGCCAAAUUCCAGUCCUUUGAAGAGACCCUUGAUGGGUUUAGAAGGAUGGAAGAUGAAGUGUUUGUUGGAAGGGAAUUUGGCACUGAAGAGUUCAAUGUGCUUCUUAAAGCAUUUUGUACACAGAGGCAAAUGAAGGAAGCCAGGUCGGUGUUUGCGAAGCUUGUGGCACGGUUUACUCCUAAUACCAAGUCCAUGAAUAUUCUGCUCCUGGGGUUCAAAGAAUCAGGUGACGUUACUUCUGUUGAGCUUUUCUAUCACGAAAUGGUUAGGCGCGGUUUUAGUCCGGAUGGAGUGACAUUUAAUGUUAGGAUUGAUGCUUACUGCAAGAAAGGUUGUUUUAUUGAUGCUUUGAGACUUCUGGAGGAGAUGGAGGGGAGAGAUAUUGUCCCUACCAUUGAAACUAUAACUACUUUGAUUCAUGGAGCAGGGUUGGUUCGAAAUAUAGGCAAGGCGUGGCAGUUGUUUGAUGAGAUUCCUUCAAGAAACUUGGUUGCCGACACUGGCGCUUAUAAUGCUUUGGUUACUGUUUUGGUUAGAAAUAGAGAAAUUGAAUCUGCUUUGUCCUUGGUGGAUGAGAUGGCUGAAAAACACAUCGAGCUGGAUGGUGUCACUUAUCAUACAAUGUUCUUAGGAUUGAUGCGGUCAAGAGGGAUUGAAGGCGUGAGUGAGCUUUACCAGAAGAUGACUCAAAGGGGUUUUGUUCCAAAAACAAGGACAAUUGUAAUGCUGAUGAAGUUUUUCUGUCAAAAUUAUCAGCUUGAUUUAAGUGUAGGUCUGUGGAAGUAUCUGGUGGAGAAAGGGUACUGUCCCCAUGCUCAUGCUUUAGAUCUUCUGGUCACUGGAUUGUGUGCAAGGGGUUUGGUGCAUGAUGCUUUUGAGUGCUCUAAACAAAUGUUGGAGAGAGGAAGACACAUGAGUAGUGCAUCAUUUCUGAUGCUGGAGAGGUUUUUGUUGCAGGCGGGUGACAUGGACAAGUUGAAGGAGCUUGACCAGAUGAUUAAAAAAUUGCAUAGUGUCUUACCACCGUCUAGAGGAAACACUACUGGUAUUUUUACCUCUAGGGUUAUAGCGUAGCAUCAUUUAGUCUAAAAUACAACAACUAUUGCCGCCCUGAUUUUGAUGGAUUUUUCUUUUGUACUAACAUGUUAUUUCUCUGAAUUACAAUAUAACGAUUCAUAGUAUGUUGAUUAAGUAAAAGUCUUCCAAUUUGUUGAUCAAAGUCAUGCAUAAUAUUUUGACAGCUUAGUUGGUGAAGUUAGGUGGAGGUGGAAAGGGAAAUCACA